AUGUCAGACAAGUAUCAGGAUAAGAUUGGGAAGUUCUUUCAAAUACCUCACGUUGGUAGAGCGCAAUUGAAGUAUAUUGGUCCUAUAGAAGGUAAGGAGGGGAUAUAUGUGGGGUUUGAUGUACUCGCGAAUAUAGGAAAGAACGAUGGAAGCUUUAAUGGAAAGCGGUAUUUCGAGACAGUCUACCCCCAGUCGGGGAUAUUCAAUAGAUUAGAAAAAGUUGAUUCGCUUUUAGAAUCUUCUUCCGGAGCUUUAUCUAUGGAUAUGUCUUCUGGGUCGAAUAGCUCAUCGCUACCGGCUCCUUUGCCAGUAGCGAACGGUUCUGGUGAAUCAUCAGAAGCUGCUGCUAUAUCUAACUUUGCGAAAUCAUUUAACCGCAGUAGUAGUGUUGUUUACCGGUCCCCUUCUUUAAGGCGGUAUCCGAGUCGAAGUACAAACAUUCUAGGGAGAAGAACCGUCACGUCUGAAAAUGAACAUCUGAUCACUUCUAUGGAUUCCCAUUGUGCUGCUAGAGAUACAAGUGUACGGCUGCCAAGUGGAGAUGAAGAUAUAGAUAUGGAUAUCAAAUCCAAUGUGUCUACCGAUAUCUUCCACAGCCUGCCUCAAAGUCCAAGAGAAGCCAGAUAUAGUAGCGCUACCUACGAUGCUAAAAUUAAAGAACAGCGGGAGGAAAUUAUGCAUUACAAACGUCUGCUUGAUGAGCAGAGAAUUGUUUUCGAGGAGAUACAACCUGCUAUUGACGACUAUGAGGAAAAGUUGCGCUCAUUUGAGGUGGAGAAUAGACGUUUGCAAAAAACCUUACAAGCAGAGCGUGAAUCUCUUGCCAAACAUAAGCAUUAUUUUGAAUUAGAACACAAGCAGUUAUUAUCCGUCGUUGAAGAAUUGCAUAAGGAGAUUAAAGAAAACGAAGAGAGGAUCUUGAGACAACAGAGGCGGCAAACUGUUAUCAUGGAGGAUACUUCACAGCUAGUGGAGCUGGACUCUUUUAAAGGUGAAAAUAAUGAAUUAAGAAAGCAAAUAAAGGCCCUAGAGCUUAUUAAAGACGACUAUGAGCAAAUGAGAAAGGAAUGGGAACAAGAACGUCGACAACUACAAAUGCAAAAUCAGUCGUUGAACGCGGAAUGCAACAGUGUUUCUCGACAAUUAGCAGAACUAAAACUAAAGUAUGAAAGUGCUGGAACAUCCCCUGAAUGUAAAUCGUCCUUGGUACGAUUAGAUCUUAAAAAAGGCAAGCCAGAAAUUAGUACUCCGGAAAAGGACAGAACAGUACAAAUUGUGGAAUUGGCAAUGAGCUCUGCUAGUGCUGUAGAACCUAUUACUUCCAACCUUGAGAUUGUUGGUGAAUCUUUACCAUUAUAUGAAGGCAAAAAGAAUAAUGAUGCUACUGCUGGUAGAUUGCUAUGGUGUGCUUUAUGUGAGAAAGAUGGUCAUUCAGCAUUUGAAUGUACCGAGGUUGCAUUUUAA